AUGUCGUCGACUCUAUUAGAGGGGACUCGCGCCUCUCACGAGGAAGUAGAGAGACUCGAACGACUAAUCGUUAAAGAUCUCCAAAAUGAACCAGCAAACAACAAAGACCGUCUUUUCCAAAGCCACCGUGUCCGUAACAUGAUCGACAAUAUCAUUACCACUACUGAGAAACUCGUUGAGAUUUAUGAAGAUAAAGAUAAUGCGAGGAAAGAUGAGAUUGCUGCGCUUGGUGGACAAACUGCGAUGGGGACUAAUGUGUUUAGUGCUUUUUAUGAUAGAUUAAAAGAGAUUCGAGAGUAUCACAGAAGGCAUCCAGCGGCACGUGUUGUUGAUGCUAAUGAGGAUUAUGAGUCAAUGCUUAAAGAGGAACCAGUGAUUGAGUUUACUGGCGAGGAAGCAUUCGGGAAAUACCUAGACAUGCACGAAUUGUAUAACCAGUACAAUAAUUUAAAAUUCGAGAAACCUGUUGAAUACUCUACUUACCUUGACAUUUUCUCCCAACCACAUAAGGUACCCCGUAAAGUAAAGUUUACAAGGCAAUACAGGGAAUACAUGGAGAAUCUACUUGAAUAUUUAGUUUAUUUUUUCCAGCGGACAGAGCCCUUGCAGGAUCUUGAUAGGAUUUUUUCAAAGGUUACUACUGAAUUUGAAGAGCAAUGGGAAAAUGGCACGGUGCAAGGAUGGGAAAAGAGUGGUCAAGAAAAUGGGCAUGUGCCAGCUGAUCAUACUGUUAUUGAUCUUGACUUUUACAGCACUGUUGAGGAGCUCAAAGAAGUGGGCCCUGAAAAAUUAAAGGAGAGUGUUGAGCUUAAAGUGCAAAAUGGGAUGCUGUUCUUUGUUGUUGAUUGCUUGGCGUUGGCUGCAUUGGGGCUGAAGAGUGGUGGUACUGUUCAGCAGCGUGCAGAAAGGCUUUUCCUCACAAAGCACACACCUCUUGAAAAGUUGGACCAGAAACAUUUUGUGAAAGGUUCACGUGGAUCGGAACCGAAUGGUACUGCUGCAACCUCAAAAGAAGUUGACAAUUCAAAAGAAAUUGCUCUGAUGGAGGCCAAAAUGAAUAAAUUGUGCGACUUACUGGAUGAGACAAUUUUACGAACGAAGGAAAAUAUUGUGAAGAAGCAAGCUUUGACAUAUGAUGAAAUGGAAGCAGAACGCGAGGAGGAAGAGACACAGGCUGACACUGAAAGUGAUGACGACGACCAACAGAUUUACAAUCCCCUCAAGUUGCCAAUGGGUUGGGAUGGGAAGCCUAUCCCCUACUGGCUGUAUAAACUUCAUGGUCUUGGUCAGGAAUUCAAGUGCGAGAUAUGUGGGAACUAUAGCUACUGGGGUCGUAGAGCGUUUGAGCGGCAUUUCAAGGAAUGGCGUCAUCAGCAUGGAAUGCGUUGCCUUGGCAUUCCAAACACCAAGAACUUCAAUGAGAUCACGUCGAUUGAGGAAGCACAAGAAUUAUGGAAGAGGAUACAAGAGCGGCAAGGAGUGAACAAGUGGCGCCCAGAUCUUGAGGAAGAAUACGAAGAUAAAGAGGAAUAUGGCUUGGGAAGCAUAGCAACAGCUGAGGGUGAUGCGUAUAGCUUUGGAAUCCUCUUGUUGGAAAUAUUCACAGGCAAAAGGCCCACAGAAGAUAUGUUCAAAGAUGGCCCAAACCUUCACGACUUCGUCAAGAUGGCAUUGCCAAAAGGACUGAUGGAUAUUGUUGAUCACGCCCUCCUUUUGGAACUAGAAGGGAACGAAGCAUCAAGCAGCAGUACCCGAAAACCAGAAAAAGCGCAUAAUAUCCGCAAGUUCCUUACUUCUAUACUUGAGGUUGGAGUUGCUUGUUCCGAGGAAUCACCAAGACAACGAAUGAAAUUAUGUGAUGUUGCAUUGGCUGCAUUUGGAUCAAAGACUGGUGGCAGUGAUGCUGUUCAGCAGCAGGCAGACAGGCUUUUCUUUCCAAAGUUUGGACUAGUUUAUGAGUUUAAGAACGAUGAAGAUUUGAUAGAGUUACGGACAGAGCUCUUGCAAGAUCUUGAUAAGAUUUUUUCAAAGAAGCAGGCUUUGACACAUGAUGAAAUGGAAGCAGAGCAUGAGGAGUGCGAGAUAUGUGGGAACUAUAGCUACUGGGGUCGUAGAGCAUUUGAGCGGCAUUUCAAGGAAUGGCGUCAUCAGCAUGGAAUGCGUUGCCUUGGCAUUCCAAACACCAAGAACUUCAAUGAGAUCACGUCGAUUGAGGAAGCACAAGAAUUAUGGAAGAGGAUACAGGAGCGGCAAGGAGUGAACAAGUGGCGCCCAGAUCUUGAGGAAGAAUAUGAAGAUAAAGAGGAAUAUGGCUUGGGAAGCGUAGCAACAACCCAGGGUGAUGCGUAUAGCUUCGGAAUCCUCCUGUUGGAAAUAUUCACUGGGAAAAGGCCCACAGACGAUAUGUUCAAGGAUGGCUCAGACCUUCACAACUUAGUCAAGAUGGCAUUGCCAAAAGGACUGACGGAUAUUGUUGAUCACGCCCUCCUUUUGGAACUAGAAGGGAACGAAGCAUCAAGAAGCAGUACCCGAAAACCAGAAAAAGCGCACAAUAUCCGCAAGUUCCUUACUUCUAUACUUGAGAUUGGAGUUGCUUGUUCCGAGGAAUCACCAAGACAACGAAUGAAGUUAUGUGAUGUUGUUAUGGAACUACACAAAAUCAAGGGCUUGCUGACAGAAAAUGGGACCAAAUAA